AUGACUCAUCAAGGAAGGUGGGUUACUGAGAAAGAAGAGAUGUCGAUUAGAUAUAAGGCGAUUGUGAUAGACCACGAUGACACCGCGUUUGACAGCACGCCGUCCGUUCAUUACCCUGCGUAUGUCAGAUACUGCGAAGAGAAGAUGCCGAAAGACUUUAAGAUGUUAACACUAGAAGGGUGGUAUGAGAUGUUAUGGCAUUCGGACAUUUCAGUGUAUCAAAAGGAAGUCAUGAAACUCACCCCAGAAGAACAGAAAAUUGAGUUUUUCAUGUGGAAAGAAUUUGUAGGGAGAUUUACCCCGAAUAUGUUUCCAGGGUUCUUGGAGUUCUUAAAGGAAUUUAGAAGAAGAGGAGGGAUCAUCGCUGUUUGCUCGCACUCGACACAAGACGACAUCGAAAGGAACUACGCGAGAUAUAACUUUCAACCGGAAGUCAUUUACGGGUACUCGAGAGAACACCCAGAGAUGUGUAAACCAUAUACAUACCCCAUUGAAAAUUUGAAGGAAAAAUACCACUUGGAAGCGAAGGACAUUGCUAUGAUCGAUGACUUGUCACCAGGAUUCCAAAUGGCGAAGAAAUGUGGAGUCGACUGCAUUGGAGUUAUCUAUGGGAAAGGUCACGACACGAUUAAAGGAGAAAUAGCGAAAACGUGUAAAAAGACGUUUGACACAGUUGAGGGAUUGAAGGAAUAUAUCUUGAUGAACACAGAAGAGUAA